AUGAUAAAUCAAAACAACAGUAACAACAACAACAACAACAACAACGAUAAUAAUAAUAACAAUGACGAUAAAAUAUUAAAUAAUAAUAAUAAUAAUAAUGAUAAUGAAAAUAAAAUAUCGAAAAAGAAAAGAAAUAAAGGUGUUUUCUAUUUCAAGCAUUAUGAGAUUCAUCAAGAACACUGUGGACAGAAAGUUGGAACCGAUGCUCUUAUAAUCGCAGGAUAUACAUCAAUAGCUAAAUUUCAACCGAAUCCACCCAAUCAAACACAUUUAGAUUUAGAUCAAUUGGUCUGGUCCAACCAAGCAUACAACUAUGAAUUCGGAAAAUCAGAUGAUAUCGUAAAUAAACCAACAAACAACAAUUUCCCAAAAUAUAUUUUAGAUAUUGGAACUGGUAGUGGAGUUCUAAGUAUAAUGUUAUGUCAGAGAUUCGCUUGUAGCGGUGCCGUUAUAAAUUCUAUUGAUAUCGACGAGAACGCUGUGAAACAAGCGACCAUCAACAUCGAUGAGAUCUACAAGAAAGGCGCGUGCGAUUGGAUAAAGAAUGUUUUCGUUUUCAAUACACCGAUUCAACAGUUCGAACCGCACGUCACUCCGACUGCACCGAUGGAGAAGAACACCGAAGCGCUGCUCUCACUGAAAUCACCGGCCGAUUCGAAAUACGAUUUGAUCAUCAGUGCACCACCUUACUUCCCCACCGAGGUCAAGAUCGACAAGUUCGUGCCGUCGAUGGACAAGAGCAGGAGAAUCGCGCGACACACUCACACCCUAACGAUGGACGAAUUGAUUGGAAGCGUCGUACGACUGCUACGACCGGACACCGGUAUUUUCACCACUGUCGUAUCGCUGCCACAGCCUGACAACGAUUUGUUGGCUGCCGCUAGAAACCAAGGAUUGCAAAUGCUCGAGGAUGUCGAUGUCACCGAUUGUCCAGGUUCGAAAGUUGUUAGAAAGAUGUAUACAUUCCGGCUACCCUCAAACAGAGAGGAAGCAGCGGCAGCAGCACCACCUCUCAAACAGAAUUUCGCAAUCUAUGAAACAUCAAUGAAAGACUCGACACUCUCCAAUCAUCGUAAACAUAGUAAUCAAUAUAAAUGGAUGUUAAAUGAUUUUUGUAAUCACUAUCACAAAGAAGUAGACUAUGAAAAACAACCUCCAAGUCAACAAUAA